UUAAAUCAAGUUGUUGAUAAGUUUCAUUUGAAUUUCUCUAAACAAUUAGGUGGUGUUUUCCCCCGCUGCCUAAAUAAUUUUAUCUUUCAAUCGUGAUUUCUUUGUUUUUUUUAUGCUUAAAGCAAAAAAAUGUGCUCCAAAUAUAGGUGGACUGUGGGCUAUUAUUGAAUAGGUAAUCGUUUUUAAGCCCAGGAAGUCGUACCGGGCUAAAACCAUUCCUAACAUUAUCAAUAAAAUCUGCCCAAUUUCUGCAUUUGAAAAUUGAAAUCAAAGCUAUCAGACAAGCUGAAACACAAAUUCAUCAAAUUUUAAAUUUUAUUUCCCCUAAAAGAUCAAUUCUUCAUAUCGCAGAUCGAUUCAAGCAUUUCAACCAUGGAUAACUCAGUAGUUCGAGAGAUAUUGGAGCAGCAAGUCCUGUCGGUGGCGAAAGCGGUGGAGGAAAAGAUAGAUGACCAGAUCUCGGCAUUGGAUCGGAUGGAUCCUGACGAUAUCGAGGCGUUGAGGGAGCGGAGGCUGCAGCAGAUGAAGAAAAUGGCGGAGAAGAGGAGCCGUUGGAUCAGCCUCGGCCAUGGCGAGUACUCUGAGAUCCACAACGAGAAGGAGUUUUUCUCUAUUGUCAAAGCUAGUGAACGCGUCGUCUGUCACUUUUACCGCGAAAAUUGGCCUUGCAAGGUUGUGGACAAGCAUUUGGCUAUACUGGCAAAGCAACAUAUUGAAACACGUUUUGUGAAACUCAAUGCUGAGAAAAGUCCGUUCCUGAGUGAGAAGCUCCGGAUUGUUGUUCUUCCAACCCUUGCUCUUGUUAAGAAUGCUAAAGUGGAAGAUUAUGUGGUGGGUUUUGAUGAGCUCGGUGGAAGGGAUGACUUCAGCACAGAGGAACUAGAAGAGAGAAUAGCAAAAGCAGAGGUUAUUAAUUUCGAGGGUGAAUCAUCCGGGAAGCUAUCCAAAUCCAAAGCUCCAACCAGAAAUGUCCGCCACGGCUCCAGUUCAUACUCAUCGGAUUCCGAAUAGUUGAAGUGGAAAACCUGCAUCUGCAUCACUAUAUGCUUCUUUGUCAUCUCAUGGAUGGCAGUUUGUUGUAGCACGGUCAAUUUGUUUGGAAAAUUCCCUUGUUUGUGUCUAUAUAUGUGUGGACCUAUAUUGAGCUUAGAUGAUCAAACAAUUUUAAAAGUUGUCCAAUACGUUUAAAUGGAUGGUUGAGUAGCUUAUACUAUUUCUACUAA